AUGAGAAGAGCGGCGGAGCGUAGCUGCUGUGUGGAGGUUUAUCGGCCAUGGUCUUAUCAAUCUCUGCGCUCCACUGCAGCAUUCUGGCUCCAGACCAAUGCAUAUGGUGGCGACUCGGUGCAUGGCGUGGCAGAGGCCAUGGCGCGGCUGCAUGUGUGCGCACGCCACCACGCCUCCUCUCUGCUCAGACAGCAGCCAGUGAACCCAGCCUCAUACCUGCACUUCUUACACCACUUCUGUGAGCUGUUCUCACGGUUGCAGGAGAAGGCCCAGCAGGAGGCUCAUCGGCUGGAAACAGUGGUGUCCCGCCUUGAAGAGAUGACCAACACGGCCCAGGACAUUCUGCGCACACAGAGGGAGAGGAUCCAUGCCUUGCAACAGGAGCAGGGGUCUGUCCUCGGGGCCAUCGCAGACCUGGAGCUGCAGCUGGAGGAAUCCCAGAACAUUAUUGUUCGGGAGCAGACACGACUCACAGAGCUGGAGAAGCAGCUGCAGGAGACACAGCAGGAGGUGCAGGCCGCUCUGGAGGCUAGGAUCAGAAAAGUGAGCUGCCUGGAACUGAGUGCCCUGGAGGAGGUACGAGGGUACAGGGACCCCCCGGAGCCCGUCACCAUGGUGAUGGAUGCAGUGUGCCUGCUCUUCCACCACCCCCCGGGCUGGGACAGUGCUAAACACCUGCUCAGCCUCAACAGCUGUGCCUCUAUGAUAGACUACAUAGUGCAGUGUGACCGCCGUCUCCUGGAUGAUGCUGGCUUUGCUGAGAAGGCGCAUGCAUUCCAUGAGCUCUGGGAUGAGGUGUCGGGGGAGCUGCAGCAGGAGGAGGCAGCUCUGUGUGAUCGUUCCCACUCCCUGAGCUCCUGCAGGCCCCUGUUCACCCUCUGUGCUGCUGUGUACAAAGCUGUCCAGCAGGUGGUGCUCUUGUCUCCGCUCUACUGCUACAGUCUGGAGCGCUUGGUGCGAGUGCUGGGGGCUGCGCUGUCUGGGGGGCUGCUGUCCCACUGUGCUCCCCCAGGGGCAAUGGAGGAGCUCUCUCAGCGGGUGCUGUCGUGGGUGCUGCGGGACUACGAGCCCUGUCUGUUCAAGAGCCAUGCACAGGUGUUUAAGGUGCUGCUGUGUGUGGCACUCCUCCAGCACAGACUGCUCUGCUCUCCAGCUGAACGGCAGCUCUUUCUCCGGGGGCUGAGGACCAAGGACCAUCUCCACUCAGAGACCUGGACUGAGACCUGCCACACAAUCUCCAUAGAGACAGAGUGUGUGUCUGAGAGCUACGCAGAGCUGCCUCCCUGGAUCCCUGCGCUCACUGUCCCACAGCUGCGGUGCCUAGAGCAGCUGCCUGUCUUCCGGGACCUUCUGUCCUCCCUCAGUCAUGCCCCUGAGCUGUGGCAGGAGUAUAUGAGGGUCCCCUCCACUGUCAUCGGGCCUGUGCCGUUUGAGCCCUUCACACAGCUGUGUCUGCUGCAGCGAGCCUUGCUCUGGAGGCUCCUGAGGCCGGAGUGUUUGCAGAGGGUGGCUGAGGACAUGUGUGCAUGUGUUCUCAGUGAGGUCCCUAUCUGCGGUGUACCCCAGGACCUGUCCCAGCUCCUGCUUCUUCACAGUGGCCCCAUCAUCCUCAGCGGGGCCCCUCACUCUGGCUCUGAGGCUCUGGGAAUCAUCACGCAGCUGGCCCUCCAUGCACAGGUGUCAGUCAGAGUGCUCUGCUGCUGGGAACAAGCUUCACUCAUCACGGCCUUGAGGAAGGCCCCAGACCAGGCCCUCUGGCUGGUGUUGAAAAACGCUUACUUACUGGAGCCAUGGGACCCUCUGUGGCCCCAGAUACACCAUCUCAUUCACCGAUCAAAAGGACGUUCGGAGGAACCAAGCCACAGAAUGUUGCAGUUCUGGUUCAUUGUCCCUGAAAAGCACAUUCUCCGAAUACCAAUCUGUGUGCGACAGAGCGCUCUGGCCGUGGCUCUGGACUCCUGUUGGACUCUAGCAGAGCAGGUGCAGCGCUCUAUGAGGCAGAUGAACGUCUUCUCCCACAGGGGGCUCCGGAGCUGUGUCCUCUUCCACUCUGUCCUGAUACAGCGGCAGACGGGACCAGAGCACUCUUAUAACUGGUGUGGCAGUGACCUCCAGGCUCUAGUCCAGGCCUACCGUGACAUCGCUCCUCUGUGCAGUGACCAUGGGGGGGCGCUGCUUUACCUGGCAGUGAGCCUGGUGCACGGAGCCCAUGUGCUCGACACGACUCACUUGGAGGAGAUCCGGAGUGUGGCUCAGGCCUACCUCCUCUCUGCAUCACAAGAGUGGUCUUUUCUGGACACGGCUGGUCAGAGAGACAGCUGCGUCCCUGUCCCCGCCCUGGAGGCUCGCUCUCUGGGCUUUGGCGAGCACGUCAUAGAAGAACGGCUCCAGAAGAAGAGCCACACACUGGAUGUCCUGCUGCAGGCCUCCCAGGGGACAUGUGUAGGGGACAUGUCCAACAGGACCGGGGCUGUCCCUCUUCUACAGCGCCUCAGGGCCCUAGAGGCGCACAUGAGGGUCUGCACAGAGGCCCCAGAGCCCAGGCCUGGGCCUCUGCAGGACUUCCUUCAAGGAGAAUGGGAGACACUGAGACAUGUGGUGUCCUCAAGGCUCUCCCCCAUGUCCCCACCCCCCUCAGAGGCUGAGCUGAAGCACUUGGAGAGGAGAGUGGAGCUGCUGACCUCUUACCUGUGGCAGUGUGAGAGUCUGCAGCCACAGGCCCUCAGCCUCUCGGCUCUCUCCAGACCACAGGGCUUCCUGCUCAGCCUGAGGAGACAUUAUAGCCAGGCCCAGGGCACCCAGCUCAGCCACACUUCACUGCUGUUCCAGGUACCAGCCUGA